GGCCGCCCCCGCCUCCUUCCUGCCGCCGCGACCCCUGGCUGCCAGGGCGGGCGCGCGCGGCAGAGGGGAAGGAGGGGCAGAGGCAGGCGGGCCAUGCCCUUGUCGCCCCGCGCCACCCUUCUUCGGGACCUGGUCCUGGGCGUGCUGGGCACCGCCGCCUUCCUGCUCGACCUGGGUGCCGACCUGUGGGCCGCCUGCCAGUACGUGCUCAGCGGCCACUACCUGUGGGCGGCGCUGGUGCUGGCGCUGCUGGCCCUCGCCUCGGUCGCGAUGCAGCUCUUCAGCUGGGUCUGGCUGCGCGCCGACCCCGUCGGCCUGCACGGGCCGCAGCCCCCCGGUCGCUGCCUGGCGCUGCUGCAUCUCCUGCAGCUGGGAUACCUGUACAGGUGCGUGCAGGGGCUGCAGCAGGGGCUGCUGGCGUGGCGGCAGGAAGCGCCCUCUGAGUUUGACUUGGCCUAUGCCGACUUCCUCUCCCUGGACAUCAGCAUGUUGCGGCUCUUCGAGACCUUCUUGGAGACGACGCCGCAGCUCACCCUGGUGCUGGCCAUCGUGCUGCAGAGUGGCCGGGCCGAGUCCUACCAACUGGUUGGCAUCUGCGUGUCCUUCGCGGGCAUCUCGUGGGCGCUGCUGGACUACCACCGGGCCUUGCGCGCCUGCCUGCCCUCCAAGCACCUCCUGGGCCCGGGCUCCUCCGUGAUCUACUUCCUGUGGAACCUGCUGCUGCUGUGGCCCCGAGUCCUGGCUGUGGCCCUGUUCGCAGCCAUCUUCCCCUGCUUCGUGGGCCUGCACUUCCUGGGCCUGUGGCUGGUGCUGCUGCUCUGGGUCUGGCUUCAGGGCACAGACUUUAUGCCGGACGCUGGCUCCGAGUGGCUGUACCGGGUGACGGUGGCCACAAUCCUCUAUUUCUCCUGGUUCAAUGUGGCUGAGGGCCACACCCGAGGCCGGGCCACCAUCCAUGUGGUGUUCCUCUUGAGUGACAGUGUUCUCCUGGUGGCCACUGGAAUGACUCAUAGCACCUGGCUGCCCAGUGGGGUCCCACUGCAGACGUGGCUGCCUGUGGCGGGCGUCUGCUUCCUCCUGGGUCUGGCUUUGCGACUGGCCUACUACCGCUGGCUGCACCCUCGCUGCAGCUGGGAGCCCGACCGGGUGGACGGGGCCCGGAGUCUGCUUUCCCCAGAGCGGGGGAGUCAGCUGCCUCAGAACAGGCGUGCGGCCCAGUUAGCUCACACCUUCUUCCCCAAGGCUAAGGGUGCGGCUGCUUCGCCAGUGAAGGGAGAGGCCAACGGGGUCCUCUGAGGCAGGGUCUGACCCAGCGAGGGAAGGAGGACAGUGAGUCACUGUAGAAGGCAGGAGAAGAUAAGCUAAUUAUGCUGCUGUGGGCCUGAGCCACUCACCGAAAGUGGGACGCCUGCUCUGUGCCCGGCACAGCAGAGUCGAGUAAGGCACAGGCCUCCUUCGAGGCAUUCACAGUGUGACCAAGACGACAAGGGCUGGGUCCUGCAGGGUCAGGGCCCCAGUUAUAUACAGAACACUUCGAGAGGAAAGAAGAGAGCCCUUUUCUGUCCCUGUCCCCCACCAGUAUAGCUGGUGACCCCAAGCUUCCCCUGUGGGUAUGUGCACCUCCCGGCCAUCUCUAAAGUGAUUGGUAGAGGUGCUGUCCCACCCCUUAAGGACCCAGGGGCUCCAGGGGGCUGUUCUCUAGAAUUCUUCCUCCCCUGCCCUGCCACAUUCAUUCAAUUCAUUCAACAACAUUUACUGAGAGCAUUUUAUGUGCCAGGAAUAACAUUCUGUCCUUGGAAGCUGGAACAAGCUCAGCUGCCACCCUAGCUUCAUCCCUCACGCACUCCACCCAGUCCUGGGUUGGAUCUCAAGGCUGGAAGCCAGGGCUGUGAACUCUGGGUGCCCCCC